CUCUUUCUUCUGUAGCAGUGUUUUCUCAUUGGGUUUCUCUCCUGCUUCUUCUCUCCUUCAUUGCCCAUUCCGAUUCCCUAGGCGAGUUGAACGCAGGUUUACCCCCGUUUCUUCCCCUUUUCUUCUUUUUUACUGGUCUGAAUUUCGUUGUGUUGAAUCCAUACCGUUGAAUCUAUAAUGUUCGCAUCUUGGUUUUCCAUUUGCUCUGUUUUUUCUGUUUUGUUUUAGAUCUGUUUCCAGGUAUUUUGGAAUCUUCUGAUGCUCUGAUUUUUUGCUUGUGGGUUUCUGUAGAUCUGUCUCGUGUCUCUGUUUUAUGUUGCAUGGAUCUAUUCAUCUGUGUUGGAUCUGUUCAUCUUCUCGUUGUUUUCGAAGUAUUUGUCGUUGUUUUCAUGUGUAAAUCGUGUUUGCCAGUGAUAGAUCUAGCUUUGUUGCGCUGGUUGGAAGAUUUUUCGAGUUUAGUUUGUGGUUUUACAGUUGAAUUUUGCUUUUUGUUUCGAUAUUUGAGAAUCUUGUAAUGGAUUUCCGUCGGAUUUUAUUUACUUGCAAAAGUUUUGGAAUCUACUGAUGGUAUACUGUUAAUUGCUACUCCAUGUAUGUUCUUACUUGAAUUUCUUUACUCAACUGUAUAUGUAUUUACUGGAUACUUGUGAAACAAUUGCCGGCAUCUGAAUAGUCUAUAGAGUGGGUGAAGUUUGUUCGAUUGUGAGUUACUGCAUUGGAUAAUGAGAAAUAGAAAGACACGGUUUGGUUACCGUUCAACAUCUUUAUACAAGUAUGGGUCUGAACUUAAUGAAAUUUGUUUGAUCUGUAGAGAUUAGAUUGAACCAAAGGUUUGAUCUUGUGAUUAUCAUUGCAGUCUACUGUGGUUUGUCUUUUGAAGUUGAUUGUUGAGAUGAAGCUUCUUUUUAUAAUUAUCAAACUUUUUCCUUCUGUACUGAUGUUGAAUUUGGUAGAAUUUGAAAAAAAUAUCAGCCUUGAAUUGUGUUGAUCUUAAAUUUAACCCUUUUGGAUUGUCUGCAGGAGUUCCAUUGUAACUUGCAAUGGCUGAUCAACACCGGUUCCCUACUAUUGCUCAGAAAGUAGCUAACCAACUCCACUUGAGUAGUAGCCUCAGUCAAGAUGUUCAAGGUCGCUAUGGAGGUUUCCAGGGACCUGCUCUUUAUCAAAGGCGUGCCUAUGGAAAUUAUGCCAACGCUGCAUUGCAAACUCCCUUGACCCAGACUUGCCAUGCAACCCAGGAUCUCUCCCUGGUUGCAGCCAAUGCUUCACCAGUUUUCGUUCAGGCUCCUGCAGAAAAAGGACUCGGAACCUUUGCCAUUGACUUUCUUAUGGGCGGAGUUUCAGCUGCUGUCUCCAAGACUGCUGCUGCUCCUAUUGAGCGUGUGAAGCUUUUGAUUCAGAACCAAGAUGAAAUGAUUAAGUCUGGCCGUCUUUCAGAGCCUUACAAGGGCAUUGGAGAUUGUUUCAAGAGGACCAUUGCAGAUGAGGGUGUUGUCUCUUUGUGGAGGGGUAACACUGCAAAUGUUAUCCGUUACUUCCCUACUCAGGCCUUGAACUUUGCAUUCAAGGAUUACUUCAAGAGGCUUUUCAACUUCAAGAAGGACCGUGAUGGCUACUGGAAGUGGUUUGCUGGUAACCUUGCAUCUGGUGGUGCAGCUGGUGCCUCAUCUCUUCUUUUCGUCUACUCAUUGGACUAUGCCCGUACUCGUCUUGCAAAUGAUGCUAAAGCUGCAAAGAAGGGCGGUGGUGACAGGCAGUUUAAUGGAUUGAUUGAUGUAUACAGGAAGACCUACGCAUCUGAUGGUAUUGCAGGUCUUUACCGUGGAUUCAACAUAUCAUGUGUGGGUAUCAUUGUUUACCGUGGAUUGUACUUCGGUUUGUAUGACUCCUUGAAGCCUGUUGUCCUGACCGGAGGUUUGCAGGUUAGUGCUUUGAAUCUUUUUCUGUACUGUUCUGUGAACAAAUUUGUGAAAUUAUUAGAUUUGCAAUCAAACUUGGUUCAUCAUUAUAUGACAUGUGCUGCCCAUAGGUAUAUCUGUGUUGUUGAAUGCAGUUAAGUUUUGCUAAAUGUCAUCAACCUUUAUGUUAGAAAUAUGGGUAAUGUUUUCUUAGGGGAAUUCAUAGUCAUUUUAAGAUUGGACAAUGUUUUAUAGGGGAAUUCAUAGUCAUUUUAAGCUCCUCUUAUCUAUAAUAAUUUUUUAGGGGAAUUCUAAUUUUGUAUGACCUGUCUCCGUAUUAUUAUUUUGACGUAUAUAGAGUUUUGCAAGCGAUUCGAAUCAUGAUUUAUGCUACUUGUGUUAAGACCGGUUUUCUGUUAAAUGGCAUGUGAUUUUAUGUUGCUGAACGAAUUUGGAGUUCUACAAGUGACUUGUUUCAUGAUGUAUGCUACUCGCUGUGCAUGUGAAAUGUUAUUUAGUACAAUGCAUAUGGUUUUCUGUUAAAUGGCAUGUGCUUUUAAGUUGCUGAAUGAAUUUCGGUCAAGUCCUAAUAUGUUCUUGUUUGGCUUGGAAUUGUAUGUUCAAUAUGUUGUCUAUUAUGGACAUUUGACUUGUGUUUUCCGGGUGUAUCUUAGAACUCAGUUUAAAAGGGUUCAAUAUGUGAUCUGUUAUGGGCAUUUGACUUGUGUUUUCCAUGUGUAUCUUGAACUCAGUUUAAAAGGGUUCAAUAUGUGAUCUGUUAUGGGCAUUUGACUUGUGUUUUCCCUCAGUUUAAAAUGGGAUUGUGUUUUAUUUUUUAGAAGAUAAUCGAUUGAACUCUCUUGUUUCUCUCUACAGGAUAGUUUCUUAGCUAGCUUUGCUCUUGGGUGGCUCAUCACCAAUGGUGCUGGUCUUGCUUCUUACCCAAUUGACACUGUUCGUAGAAGAAUGAUGAUGACAUCAGGUGAAGCUGUCAAGUACAAGAGCUCACUUGAUGCAUUCACCCAAAUCCUGAAGAACGAGGGUGCCAAAUCCUUGUUCAAGGGUGCUGGUGCUAACAUUCUCCGUGCUAUUGCUGGUGCUGGUGUGCUCUCCGGUUAUGACAAGCUUCAGUUACUCGUUUUCGGAAAGAAAUAUGGAUCAGGAGGUGCCUAAGGGACUAGUGCUGCUGCAAUUUGGUAGUUAUAGAUGUUGAUGAAAAUGUUUCCAGUUAAGACUUUUUUAAGGGGGAAUUUUGCUCAGCUUAAUAACUUAAGUUUUUAGAGAAUGGGGGGUUUUGCCCCAAACAUAUUACUCCUCAUUUUAGGGAUUUUGUUCCCGUAAACUUUGGUCGUUUGGAGAGGGUUACAUAUUUUAUUUUUGAAUUUGUUUUAAUUUUAGAGCAGUGUUGCUGCCUCUGCUCAGCCACAUUUACUCACUAUUAUCGAAGUUCUAAAACACUUGGGAGUUUACAUGGUUUAUCUUUUUGCUAUUUUAACUGUGUGUUCUGGUGUGUUUUAUUCUCUCUACUUUUUCAGUGCUGCUGUGGCUCGUUUAUAGCCAGAAGCAGAGUAUAUUGGUAUUCUUCGUUAUUGCUUUGUUUAUCAUUUUGAGGAAUCAAUUGCAUGUUAUUGCUUUGUUUAUCAUUUGGAUUUUGGAGGAAUCAAUUGCCUCUAUGGUGUACGGAAGGGAAACCAUUUAUUAUUGGGAAUCAAUUUUGUGAAGUAUGGAAAUGAAAAUUGGG